AGACCUUGACUUGACGUUGGACAUUACGAUGGGGACAUUACCGCGGUUAUCACCUAUCCGUAAUAUCGAGAAAAGAUAACCAGCACGCUGGCACGCUGGCACGCUGGCAACGUCAACGCACCGUGUCGACCCCGUCGUUCCGGUUAAUAAUAAGCAACAGCAGCAGGAAACCCCAUGAGAAAAAGACCGCACUUCUCACCCUCCUUGCGGAUCCUUUGGUCCUUGACGCCGCCACACCAUUGUCUACCCCGCGCUGAGUGGCGGACCGUUUCCCCCUCGAGGGAGCAAACACGCCAGACCAGUUGUGGCAGUGAUAUGCAUUGUGGCUCUGUGAUCCAUCAAGCCAAAAUGCGAAAUGCGACCAAAAUGCUACCGAAAUCAGCUCUGGCCGAUCCAAGUACAACGUACGUUGUAGUGUACGAGUGUACGCUACUUGUACGCUCCGCUGGAAAAGAGAAUCUCAGCCCAAACCCAACCAGACGGGAGCGAAUGACCGGUCAUUUGUCCGACAACGACCUAACCAGGUUUUGCUCCGUGAUGGUGAUGCUUGCUGUCUGGGCAUCUUCCACUCUGCUGUUUCCCCCCUGGUCCCGCGUUUUCUUCUUCUACUUUUUUUCUUUUCCCUUUGACUCCUGGUCUAGUUUCCCCCCGAACCCCCGAAGGAAACCAUAAAUGAGCGAACGCCUGGGAUUCUGUCCCAACGCAUCCAGCCCCUGCAUGAGCCCAAUGUGUCAGACAGUCUGUCAUGCUGACGCACACCAUAUAGCGCAUGUCUUCAUGUGUAUGAAGGACGUAAGAAGACACUACAGGUUGCUGCGUGCAUUCAUGAC